AUGCCUCCUCCACUUGCCGUCUUGGAUUACCUUUCUGAUGAUGAACCUCAGCAGAUAGUUCCAGCUGUAGAUGAGCUGUCAGAUGAUGGCGCAGAGCCUGCUCCUGCCCCAGGCGAACAUGUUCAACUUCCGCCUCGGAAACGGAAAUAUUUGGAACAGGAUCAGGUGACCGAGCAUUUUCGUCGUUUGCGACUUGUGGUGCAAUCAAACUGCAAGUGUUCCAGCCCUACAUGCAGGAGUCCGUGGAAAAGCGAUCAAGCUGCUUUGCAGGAUCUCUUGCAGAAACGCUUGCAGAUACACCAGCUUCCGAAGCUUGAAGCAGAUCGGGAGGUAUUCGAUAUGCUGAAGAGACAAGGGCCGCAAGAGCGACGGGCUUUACGCCUGUUGAACCACAGUGUUUGCCAGAGAUCGUUUCGAUUGCUGCUGGGGUUGGGCAAGCGGCGCUUUCAGCGUUUACGCAAUGCUGUCAUAAAUGAUGAGCAGGAGUGUCCAGUCGAUCAGCGGUUCAGCCCCCGAGCGUACAGCCGGUUUCCAGAUGAUGGUGUGCGUCCAGCUAUCGUUCAAUUCUUGCGUACCUUGUACCACACGACUGCAGAGCCUCUACCAGAGGCUGUUUCCAGCCAGACAGGAAGUGGCAAUCAUCCUGGCCAGGAUGAGGGUAGCCGUGUGAAACUGGGACCUCAGAAUCUAGUGAGAAGACGUGGGAAAAGACCACGGCAUUUCUGCAAAUAUGACUCAGCGGAAGAGCGAGGUCACAUUUCCACGGCAAAGUUUCUUCCUCCUGGGACGAUCUUGGACUACCUAGAGCUUUGCCGGACUGAAAAUCCGUCAUUGAAAAUUGGCCGGAAGGUCUUUACACGCGUGUGGGAAGAGAGUUUUAGAGAUGUGUUAUUCAUCAGACAGCGGUCGCAGCACACCCGGUGCUCGAUUUGCGUGCGCCAUAAGCUGGUCCUCAAACGGCUGCGUCGAAACCUUCCAGCGCGCAAAGCGCAAAUGGAUACAUACCGAGCACACCUUCGGAAGCAGUAUGAGGAUAGAGUCAGAUAUUGGAAGUCAAGAUCUGAUUCUCGUAUGGCAGAGGCCACUUCAGAGGGGGUCAUGCGCAUUGCUGUCACAAUAGAUUCUAUUGACCAUUCGAAAUUUGCAUGGCCACGUGCGACUGCAAUGGAUGCCAAGGAAUUUGGUCAAUUCAUUAGACCUACCCUGGGAGUUACAGCAGCAAUAAUACAUGGAUAUGCUGUGCUGUUUUUUGUGUCGGAGCCACACAUGGCACACGAUAGCAGCUGGACAUCUGAGAUUAUUGCUUGUUGCUUGAAUUUCCUCAAGGAUAAGUUUCCAUUACUGGACAUGCGAAACGUUCACCUGUCCUGCCACGGCGACAAUUCGAGCAAAGAGCUCAAAAAUAAUUCUGUCAUGCGCCUGCUAUCAGGACUCGUGGCUGUGCGCCGACUGAAGGGGGCAUCCUUAGGGACCCUUCAGUCGGGGCACAGCCACGAGGACAUCGAUCAGAUGUUCUCGUCCCUGGCGACCCAUAUCCGAAACGAAUCUGAGCUCCAUUGCCCAUCGGAUUUUGUGCAGUCAAUACAAUCUUGGUUGGAUCAGCCGCAAACCCGUCCAUCAGAGAAGUUCAAGCGUUGCUUCAAGUUGGAUCAAGUACGUGCUUGGAAAGCUCAGUUGCACCAACUGUUUGAGAAUGGCCAGCUGCGGGGAGUGGGUGGCCCUGGAGCUCCGCACUGGUUUGAAUUCAGCCGACUGGAGGAUACUGGUACUUUGCCACAAUUUGAUGCCAGCAGAUUCUUCUGGAUUCUUCUGUUCACACAUUGA